AUGUCCUCUCCAUUCACGUUCCCCUCCGGCUUCCUAUCCCCUUUCCCUGGAACCUCCAACCUCCUCUUCCCCCCCUCCCCGCUCAUACCCAUAUCCACCUCCCCGCUCGCCGGCCUCCUCGCGUCAAGUCAAGCGCAGACGCCCGCCGGCUUCCCAGGCUUCCUCAAUAUAAGAUCAACAGCAGCUGGGACUCCAGGAACGCUACUGUCCGUCCCGCCAGGAGUGGGCGGAUCGAGCCGGGCAGGAGGCAGCGGGGUAGCGGGCGCACCGAGCGAGGUGGGGCUAGAAGGGGUUUUGUUGGGGAUUGAGGAGGUGUUGGUGCUGCUGGGGAGAGCGGAGAUGAUCCUUCAGGCUAUGAAGGGGGAGUACGGGGCUGUGUUUAGGGCAAAAGAAGGGGACGGAGGGGAGGAUAGCGGAAUGACGGGAGGAGAGGGUCCAGGGAAUGGGUCGAGGGGGACACUAGGUGGUAUCAUGGCGCUACAGCAAGAGUACGCCCAGAUUCUGCUCUCCCUCCAACCACUCCUCUCCACAAACCUCAUCGGCGCCCUCCCCAUCCCACUUUCUUCAGCCAUCCCCGGAUCCGAUCCCUCGAACACAACAACAUCCUCAGCCAUUCCGUCCGAGAACACCGCGCCAAUACCGAGCAUGUCAGACUUGACCAUAUGGGCUGAAAAGCGGGCGGGACUGGAAUUCUCCCGAAGAGAGGGCGUGAGAGCAGGUGCUAAGGCUGUAUUAGAUGUCUUCAAAACGGGCAGAACAUGA